AGGAAUGAGGAUGAUACCUCCUUGCAAUCUUCAUUGGUGCAAGACUUGAAAGAAAUGCUUGACACAUACAAUGUGCAUGCAAAAUCAUUCAGAAUGGCGAGAGAUCGAUUUAAUGAGUCUAAUUCCACCACAUUGAAAAUGAAACUCAUCGGCAAAAGGCACUCAGAAGGCCGCACUUACAACAUGCCAAGUGUCAAUGAAGUUGCAGCGCUAAUUGAAGGUGAUUUUGAUGUAAACAAAAAAGAAAGAGAUGUGCUUCUUCAAACAAAGACAGGGGCUCUACAAAUUAUUUCUGAAUUGAACCCGUCUUUCUUGGGUUUGCAAUACCCACUUUUAUUUCCAUAUGGCCAAGAUGGGUUUAGAGAAGAUGUGUCGUUGACGCGUGCAAUAAAUAGCGAGAGCGAGAGUGGGAGGAGGCGUGUCACCAUAAAAGAUUUCUUUUCAUACAGAUUGCAGGAGAGGACUGAUGAAUCACCUUAUCUAUUGAGAUCAAAGAGAUUGUUUCAACAAUUCAUUGUUGAUGGGUAUACAAUGGUUGAAUCAUCACGAUUGCAGUACAUCCGUCUCCACCAGAAACAGUUAAGAAGUGACUUAUAUAGUGGCUUAGCAGACGCUGCUGGAAGGGGAGAAACGGAUGCAUCUAGAGUCGACCAAUUAAUUGUUUUGCCAAAUUCCUUCACAGGUAGUGCACGCUAUAUGUUGCAAAAUUACCAAGAUGCAAUGGCUAUAUGUAAAUGGGCGGGGUACCCACAACUAUUCAUCACAUUUACAUGUAAUCCGAAAUGGCCGGAGAUUAUUCGCUAUGUUGAUGACAAGGGAUUGGAUCCAAAUGACCGACCGGAUAUCCUUUCCAGGGUUUUUAAGCUAAAACUCGAACUUCUCAUCAAGGAUCUGAAGGAAAAUAAGUUAUUUGGUGAUGUCAAAGCAGUUGUCUACACUGUGGAGUUUCAGAAACGUGGAUUACCACAUGCGCACAUUGUAUUGUGGCUUUCGAUGACAGAGCGCAAUGCAAACCCAUCGGUGAUGAUCGAUAGAAUUAUUUCAGCAGAGAUCCCAGAUGAAUAUGCUGACCCUGUGUAUUACAAUGCAGUUAAAGAAUUGAUGAUCCACGGUCCAUGUGGCCCUAUGAAUGCAUCUGCACCAUGCACAGAAAAAGGCCGGUGCACAAAGCACUUUCCAAAGAGAUUUGUCGUUCGCACGACAAUGGAUAAGCAAGGUUAUCCGAUUUACAGACGCAGAGACAACGGCAGGUAUGUUACUAAGAAUACCCACGAUCUCGAUAAUAGAUAUGUCAUCCCACACAACCGUGGCUUAUUGUUGAAGUAUAGUGCUCACAUUAAUGUCGAGUGGUGUAACCAAACACGGGCAGUUAAGUACUUAUUUAAGUACAUCAAUAAGGGUGACGAUCGGAUAACCGUUGAGUUCUCAGAAGCUAUAGAUAACUCUACUCCAAAAAUAAUAGAUGAGAUUAAGAUGUACUAUGACUGUCGGUAUAUAUCCGCAUGUGAGGCUGCUUGGAGAAUUUUCGGAUUCCAUAUUCAUUAUCGAGAUGUACCAGUUGAGCGUCUCACUUUUCAUCUUCCUGAUGCACAGAACGUAUACUACAAUCCCAAUGCAUCUAUAAGCUCAGUACUGAAUAAACCAACAAUCAACUCCACAAAAUUCACGGCUUGGAUGAAAGCAAAUCAAGUGUAUCCUACUGCCAAAGAGCUGACGUAUGUUGAGUUUCCAAGCAAAUUCAGGUGGAAGAAAAAUACCAUGGGAUGGGUAGAAAGGAAGAGAGGAUUUGCUAUUGGACGCAUUUAUUAUGUACGACCUGGAGCAGUAUGUUGAAUAUGGGGAGAAGUACUACCUACGAAUAUUAUUGAAUAUUGUGAAGGGAGCAACCAACUUUGAGGAGUUGAGGAUUUAUGAAGGGACCGUAUAUCCUACAUUUAGAGACGCGUGCCACGCGCGUGGUUUACUUAAAGAUGACAAGGAGUUUAUUGAUGGCAUUACAGAUGCGAGCUUCUGGUCUUCUUCACGGUCACUUCGCAUUGUAUUUGCUACUCUACUGGUUUCAAAUGAGUUUUCGAAGCCAGGCUUAGUGUGGCAAAAGUGUUGGGAGUUUUUCUCUGAUGACAUACUAUACAAUAUUCGCAAGAAUACGGGUAAUCCAG